AUGCUAUGGUUUUUCCGCGUCACAUGUGGACGUGAUGAGACGUCUGAAUUUCCGUUUCUUCUUCUUUCUUUCAUUCUUUUCAUAUUCGGUUCUCCUCUUUCCGUCUUUCUUUCUUGUUUCAUGUUUCAUUCACAUCUUUCUUUCUUUUUUAUUUCUAUGUGUGCUCAUUUCUUUCUUUCUCUCUCUCUCUCUUUCUUUCUUUCCAUGUUUGCCCCUUUCUUUCUUUUCACAUUCCGUUCUCCUCUUUCGUUCUUUCUUUCUUUCCUUCUUUCUUUCGUUUUUCUCUUUCUUUCUUUCUUUCUUUCUAUAUUCCGUUCUCCUCUUUUUGUCUUUCUUUCUUGUUUCAUUCUCCUCUUUCUUUCUUUUUUCUUUCCAUGUGUGCUUCUUUCUUUCUUUCUUUCUUUCUUUCUUUCUUUCUUUCUUUCUGUUACCGUUGAAAACUAUCAUUUGCACCGUCUUCUUAUUUUUAUUAAUAAAUUCUUCUUAAUUUUUUUUCUUUCCCCAUGA